UUAUUUGACUAUCAAAUAGACCUUGAUGUGUCUGGCAGGGAUCCCUCGUCUGUCUACGUCCUGGUGCCGGGAGCAGGGUUGGGUCGCCUGGCCUUCGAGAUUGCUAAUCUUGGUUACAGUUGCCAAGGCAACGAAUGGAGCCUCUUCAUGUUAUUUGCAUCUGACUUUGUUCUUAACAAAUGUAAACACGUGAAUUCCUUCACCAUGUACCCCUGGGUUCACCAGUGGAGCAACAACAAGUUGAAGGCCGAUCAGACUCGACCAAUCACAUUCCCCGACAUCGAGACCACCAGCAUUGCUCCCACUGUCAGUUUCUCCAUGGCGGCGGGCGACUUUCUCGAGGUGUACACCGAGCCAGAAUCCUGGGACUGCGUGGCCACUGUUUUCUUCAUCGACACAGCACACAACAUCAUUGCCUACAUAGAAACCAUGUACAAGAUCAUCAAACCUGGCGGCUGCUGGAUUAAUCUGGGUCCCUUGUUGUAUCACUACACAGACAUGGCCAACGAGAGCUCCAUAGAACUCAGUUAUGAAGAGCUGAAGAAUGUUAUUACAAAGAUAGGCUUUGUUUUAGAGAAAGAAGAAGUUGAUGUGAAGUCGACGUACACCCAGAACCGCCUGUCCAUGUUACAGUAUGAAUAUCAGAGUGUCUUCUUCGUGGCCACUAAAACCCUCAUGAGAGAAAAGGCUUUAUCUCCCUCAAGCCUGUAG